UUGGCACCGGCACAGGCACAGGCGCGCGCACAAGCUCGUCCCCGCUGCGUCAUGUCAUAACGUGCAUGCCGCAUCCUCGGGCCAGGUUAGACGGACAGGUUAGAAAACAAAACUGUGGGAAGGAAAAGGAGACGAUGGAAGAGGACGGCCAAACUUGUGGUGGUGCUGAAAGCUGGUUCAAGCCGUUGCCACGUAAAUACACGAAGGGGGAAAUGGAGAGCCCUUGGAAAAUGCGCUUCGUUUACGUGCAGUGCUAUUUUAUCUCUAUUGCAGCCAUUUUGGGGACUGGAAUCUUAGGACUCCCAGUAAAGAUUGCCCAAGCUGGACUGAAGCCAUUCCUGGUCACAUUUAUAAUUGGCUUCAUUAUGCAGGCUCUCUUGAUCUACCUGUUCGUUGAAUUACUGCAAAGAUGUCAAGCUGUUCAAAUGGAGUCUUUAAAGGUUUCAGGUACAGAGAAGAUUCUUCUACAGAAUGUUGAUGAUCAAGACACAAUUCUUCACAGUGCAGAGGAAGAAGAAGAGGUUGAAGACCCUGGUCAAGGUUUGCUGCCAAAUCAAGAGGCCAAGCAAGAGAAACCUGUUCCUAAUCUGCAUAUCCUGGGAGUCUUUUUUCUUGGCAAAUACACCAGCUACGCUUUCAAUGUUCUCCUCUUUCUACACUUCAUCUCUAUUGGGAUAAGUUAUGUCCUGGCUGGGAGUGAAGCCUUUGCAGAAUUGCUUCAUGUAAGACAUGUAUAUAUAAUCCCAUUCUUCACGUGGAUCCUUGCACUGGGAAUCAUUCUAGCUCAGGUGGUUAUCCAACCAGUCACUUCUAUUCUUACUCUGCUGAAGGGAUCUCUUCUUGUAGUUACUGUGGCUGUGACAUUUGUGGUGGGUUCACAGGUUCAUCAGGAAAUAGUGAAUGAUUUCGCCUAUGUAGGAACUCCUUUCCUAAUGGGUACAGUUGCAUUAGGUGGAAUAGUCAACGUGAUGCCAUUUUUAUUUUCUGAAAUCUCCCCUAAUAAAUGCCAGGUGAUGUGGUUUCGUAGAGCCAUAGUUGGAGGGCUCAUAACAUGUACCGUCUUGAAUAUAGUAUGGUGUUACGCUGUGCUGGAAAUUGUUCCUCAGUUGUCUGUGAGAAAAGUAUUGGUAGAGGGAAUCUCAAAUAACUCUGAACCUUUUGCAAAUGAGGCUGCCCCUGCAUACUCAUUUAUCUACUCCAACAUCUCUCUGGAGCAAUCAGAGAAAGCAGGGGAAAUUGCAACAAUUCCAUUAGCAAAGGUCCUUACUGAGCAGUAUGCUGAGUUUGCCUGGGUGGCAUGGGUCACAGAAGUCUUCAUUGCAGUCAGUAUAACAGUGUCAUUUCUGGUGCUUGGAUCCACAAUGAAGCACACCAUUGAAGGCUGGGUGAAUUCUGUGUGGAGUGUUCCUGAUGAUGCCAUGUCGGGACAUUUGCAGAGAUGCUCAACAUUUGUUUCAAAGUCCUGUAGUCUUAAAAGUUUAGCACAUCAGUUGCUGUGUCUCCUGGCAUUUGGACUCAUUUUUAUUGUUGCAGUUUGCAAUCCAAAGGGGUUUGUGGUGAUACUCGAUAAAGUUGCCUCAUUCACUCUAAACCUUGAAGCCGGACUUUUCAUUUUUCUAAUGCUGAGGAAGUCCAGAUCUGAGCCAUUUAAACGCCACAUCCUGCCUUUGCCAAUCAGCGAGCGCCUGUUCUGUCUACGGUGGGCUCUGCCAGUCUACUUCCUCUUCGCAGUGGGCUAUGAUGUCUUCCAGUCAGUGGCCUACAUGGCAAACAGCUGGAGUUCCACGCCGUCUCAGCUCCCCAACAACUCAACUGAAAGAGACUGACAAGUCAAGUAGAAAUGCACUGUACAUUACCGGAAUGUUCUCUGGGACACACUGGGUAACUCACUGACAAUCUCUUCUACUCUAGGCCCUGUGUGUAGAACAUUUGCACUGUUAGCCUGGAAUACUUAAGUUAUUAAAAAAAAAAGUAAUUUUGCACGUUUUCUGUUUCUAUUAUUGCACUAAAUAAAAUAUCCUAAAAAGUGAAGUAAUUAACCAAAUGCAAACAGAAGUGACAUUUAUAGCAUGGCACAAGAAGGUUUCUGAUAGCCAGAAGCUAAAUGUUGACUACCCUAUUAAUAUUUUUAAAUAAAAAGCAAGAGUUUAAGACUUAAAAAUUAACAAAAGUCCUUCAACUGCCAAAUCUUUACACAUUUACUUGAAUCUUUAGAAUUGACACAUGUGCUCGAGUUCCCUGUGUAAGGCUGGCAAAGGUUUUAUUUAGAC